GUGCUAUCGACGAAGCGGGCAAAUUAAACGAAACAGUACUGAAUUACGUAGAUUUUCUGGUCCUUAAUAAUGAAGUUCUGGGCGAGAAGGCCGCGCGGCGAGUGGAACUUCUGAACAGAGACCCUGAGUUGAAAACAGUUUCGGAAGUGAACGAAAUGUUUGUGGAAGGUGUCACGGUGGAUAUGUCAGCCAUAAUUGAAAAGCUUAUCGGUCGGCCACUGAACGAGGAUGAAAGAGUGCAAGUCUAUUCCGCCGGAUACUUUAAGACACUAAACGACAAAUACAAACUGCGGUUUAAGAAGGUUCUCAAUUGUACAGGUGCUUUAGAAUCUCGCUACCACGUGUGGACGAUAAAAGUUUAUCUAAUAUCGUGUGUGGUUCCGUAUGUUACUGAAGUACCUGGCAUUGCACGA